CCGCAGCCAUUACCGGCCCGGACGGGAGGCGGAGGCGACGCCGCUUCGGCAGAGGGCCCGGGCGAGCGCCGGCGGCCUCUGGGAUGGUGUGGGACCGGCAAACCAAGAUGGAGUACGAGUGGAAACCCGACGAGCAAGGGCUCCAGCAGAUCCUGCAGCUGCUCAAGGAGUCCCAGUCCCCGGACACCACCAUCCAGAGGACCGUGCAACAAAAACUGGAACAACUCAAUCAAUAUCCAGAUUUUAACAACUACCUGAUUUUUGUACUUACAAAAUUAAAAUCUGAAGAUGAACCCACAAGAUCAUUAAGUGGUCUCAUUUUGAAGAAUAAUGUGAAAGCACAUUUUCAGAAUUUUCCAAAUGGUGUAACAGACUUUAUUAAGAGUGAAUGUCUAAAUAAUAUUGGGGACUCCUCUCCUCUGAUUAGAGCCACAGUAGGUAUUUUGAUUACAACCAUUGCCUCAAAGGGAGAGUUGCAGAAUUGGCCUGAUCUCUUACCAAAACUCUGUAGCCUGUUGGAUUCUGAAGAUUAUAAUACUUGUGAGGGAGCAUUUGGUGCCCUACAGAAAAUAUGUGAAGAUUCUGCUGAGAUUUUAGAUAGUGAUGUUCUAGAUCGUCCACUCAACAUCAUGAUUCCCAAAUUUUUACAGUUCUUCAAGCACAGUAGCCCCAAAAUAAGGUCUCAUGCUGUUGCAUGUGUUAAUCAGUUUAUCAUCAGUAGAACUCAGGCAUUGAUGUUGCACAUUGAUUCUUUUAUUGAGAAUCUCUUUGCAUUGGCUGGUGACGAAGAACCAGAGGUACGGAAAAAUGUGUGCCGAGCACUUGUGAUGUUGCUUGAAGUUCGAAUGGAUCGCCUGCUUCCUCACAUGCAUAAUAUAAUCGAGUACAUGCUACAAAGGACCCAAGAUCAAGAUGAAAAUGUGGCUCUUGAAGCCUGUGAAUUUUGGCUCACUUUGGCUGAACAACCAAUCUGCAAAGAUGUACUUGUAAGGCAUCUUCCUAAGUUGAUACCUGUAUUAGUAAAUGGCAUGAAGUACUCAGAUAUAGAUAUUAUUCUACUUAAGGGUGAUGUUGAAGAAGAUGAAACAAUUCCUGAUAGUGAACAGGAUAUAAGACCACGUUUUCAUCGAUCAAGGACAGUUGCUCAACAGCACGAUGAAGAUGGAAUUGAGGAGGAGGAGGAGGAUGACGACGAAAUUGAUGAUGAUGACACCAUUUCUGACUGGAAUUUAAGAAAAUGUUCUGCUGCUGCUCUUGAUGUUCUCGCAAAUGUGUAUCGUGAUGAGCUUUUACCACAUAUUUUGCCUCUUUUGAAAGAAUUGCUUUUUCAUCAUGAGUGGGUUGUUAAAGAAUCAGGCAUCUUGGUUUUAGGAGCUAUUGCUGAAGGUUGCAUGCAGGGCAUGACUCCAUACUUGCCUGAACUUAUUCCUCACCUAAUUCAGUGCCUCUCUGAUAAAAAGGCUCUUGUGCGUUCCAUAACAUGCUGGACUCUUAGUCGCUAUGCACACUGGGUCGUCGGCCAACCCCCAGACACGUACCUGAAGCCAUUAAUGACAGAAUUACUAAAACGUAUUCUGGAUAGCAACAAGAGAGUACAAGAAGCUGCCUGCAGUGCCUUUGCUACCCUAGAAGAGGAGGCUUGUACAGAACUUGUUCCUUACCUUGCUUAUAUACUUGAUACCUUGGUCUUCGCGUUUAGUAAAUACCAGCAUAAGAACCUGCUCAUUCUUUAUGAUGCCAUAGGAACAUUAGCAGACUCAGUAGGACACCAUUUAAACAAGCCAGAAUAUAUUCAGAUGCUAAUGCCUCCACUGAUCCAGAAAUGGAACAUGUUAAAAGAUGAAGAUAAAGAUCUCUUUCCUUUACUUGAGUGCCUAUCUUCAGUUGCCACAGCCCUGCAGUCUGGGUUUCUUCCAUAUUGUGAACCUGUGUAUCAGCGUUGUGUAAAUCUAGUACAAAAGACCCUCGCGCAAGCUAUGCUGAACAAUGCUCAGCCAGAUCAAUAUGAGGCUCCAGAUAAAGAUUUUAUGAUUGUGGCUCUUGAUUUACUCAGCGGCCUGGCCGAAGGACUUGGAGGCAACAUUGAACAGCUAGUAGCCCGAAGUAACAUACUAACCCUAAUGUAUCAGUGCAUGCAGGAUAAGAUGCCAGAAGUUCGGCAGAGUUCCUUUGCCCUAUUAGGCGACCUGACAAAAGCUUGUUUUCAGCAUGUUAAGCCUUGUAUAGCUGAUUUCAUGCCAAUAUUGGGAACCAACUUAAAUCCAGAGUUCAUUUCAGUCUGCAACAAUGCCACUUGGGCUAUUGGUGAAAUCUCCAUUCAAAUGGGUAUAGAGAUGCAGCCUUAUAUUCCUAUGGUUUUGCACCAGCUUGUAGAAAUCAUUAACAGACCCAACACACCAAAGACGUUGUUAGAGAAUACAGCAAUAACAAUUGGUCGUCUUGGUUACGUUUGUCCUCAAGAGGUGGCCCCCAUGCUACAGCAGUUUAUAAGACCCUGGUGCACCUCUCUGAGAAACAUAAGGGACAAUGAGGAAAAGGACUCAGCCUUCCGUGGUAUUUGUACCAUGAUCAGUGUGAAUCCCAGUGGAGUGAUCCAAGAUUUUAUAUUUUUUUGUGAUGCUGUUGCAUCAUGGAUUAACCCAAAAGAUGAUCUGAGGGACAUGUUCUGUAAGAUCCUUCACGGAUUUAAAAAUCAAGUUGGGGAUGAAAAUUGGAGGCGUUUCUCUGACCAGUUUCCACUUCCCUUAAAAGAGCGUCUUGCAGCUUUUUAUGGUGUUUAAUCUCACACUCUGAUGCUGCAGUCCCAUAAUUAGGGGUCCUUCAGUCUUGGAGACUAUGAGGGAGCCUCUGCACCCAGGGAAAAUGUUACCCUUUACAGGGGGGAAGGGUAGACCAGUAGGGAAUACAGUACAGUCCCAACCCUACUGGGAGGGGCGGGAGGGAGGUGUUGCCGUCACUGUAUUAAGUCGAUGUUGGGAAAAGUUUUAACAUCUGGAGCCUUUGUGGGUGGAAAUCUGUCUCCAAUUACAACUCUGCACUGGAUGUGAAGAAGCAAAAAAAAAAAAAAAACAAACUUCAGUCUACUCACAGAACAGUAUAUUCUGGAAUAUUAUGGGGAAUUGUACCAAAACAAGAACCAUAUAAAUGAUGCACAGGGGUAAGAAGGAGGGAAAUUCUCUAGCGCACUAUAAAAGAAGCCUAAGAACAGGGGCACAGACAAGUCAAGAAGCUUCUUUUUUUUCUUUUUUUUUUUUAUUUAAAGGUUUUUUAUAAAUUUUCCCACAUGAUGGGGCCUCGUUUUUGCAUGUUGAUGAAGAACUACAUAGAUGAAGCUUGAUAAGAGUUACAGUCAGCUUGCCUACCCAUAGAAGCAGGUUCUUGGAAGUUAUACUUUUAAGGUACCCCAAAAAGUUGGAAAUAAAACAAAACAAAUUUAAAUAAUGAAGCACCCUGUGAAAUGCCAAACGAGUCACUCCUUUUACCUUUGUGGGUGGGCAGGGAGGGAGGAAUAAAUGGGGUUGGGCAUAUCAGACUAAAGAUUGACAUCUUACUUUUGCAUUAAAACAUUAAUGUAGUGGAUAUAAUUUGAUGGUUGUACUUCAUUAGAUUAAUUUCUAGGUCAAGAUGUUAUUUUUAAAGUGCAGUUUAAGGUUCAGGCAUGCAUUAUGGCUCUCAUAGUGAUCGAAAGUACUUUAUUUAAAUUAGUGGGGAAGUAGCAUGCUUGCAUCACAUAGAGUGAGAUUGGUAUUCAUUUACCUCUGUUGCGCCAGUUUGUGUUGCAGUUUACCAAUUCAAUAUAGCCCUGCAUUUAAAAAAUUCCUUUUUAAGAUUUGUGGGUUUUAUUUUUAUUAAGACUAUAGAUAUAAAAUACUGUAGUUUACAGCUAGGCCUUGAAAUAUCUUUUUAGGAUCUGUUAGGAAUAAGAUUGAUAUUGUAUUGUGUGUAACCUGCACAAUGUGGAAAGCUGAUAUACCUGUGCAAAAUCUUUGCCUCUGUGCUGUCAGUGUGAUGUGCUUUCUGCAUGGUUAUAUACUACUAGUGAUUUUAUCAGAACUCUUCAAACUUAAAUUACAUGGUCAGAGAUCUGUAAGAGGCUGCAUACAUGUUAGUUGAUACAUAAAGACAAUUGUAGAAGUUGAAAACAUGAUUGCUAUAUUUCAAUGUUUAUCCCCACUCAACAUAUUGCCUUCUAAGCUUUCUUUUUUGUUCAAAGCAUGAUCUUAAAGAUACAUUUGAGUUAAUGGAUGUAAUGCAGGGUUCCUACACUGUAUUGGCGCAUGUUGGUGGCCCUCUGUGCCCUAGAUAUAUGCACACAAGGGUGCAAGUGAAAAGCUACAGAGUGAAAGUUUGUUUGGAUCCUCUUCAUUUCAUUUGUGUUUAGCUUUUCUGUUAUUUUCUCUACUUACAUGUAUUCCUGUGAAUAAAUCCUUGUUAUGUUAACCCUUUACUUUUCCUUUCAUGUGUAUUUUCUUAUAUACUGUGAAUGUGAAAACCUAACUGGUACACUUGAUCUUGUGUCCAUAUAAAAGUGCAAGUCUUUAUUAAUUUGGAUUGCCUGAACAGUGUAUCCCAUGAUGCUGAUGAUGGGAAAUGGAGAGAUUUUUUCUUUUUAACUCUGCUGGCCAGAGAUGAAGCCACACCUUUCCAUUUUUCAAUGCUGCAUAUUUAAUCUGCAACAAAAAUGUUAAGCCAUAACAACCUUUUUAUAUUUUAGUUGUCACCUUUGCAUUGCAGAAUAAACACCGAAUAACCAUUUUUUAUAAGCAGUUGCUCCUCUUUGCAUGGUUCUACUAAAGGUGUUGAAUGAUACAGCCAUUGUACUAAAGUUUGAGCUGUAUGUGUGGAUUUAUAAACACCGUUUCAAAAUAUUUUAAAUGCAUGGUAGCAUGCAGAAAUAUUUUUUUUGUUGUUAUGUGUGUUUUAACAUAUUCUUUUACUUUCUUUCUUCUACCUUGGCUUUGCAAAUUUCAGUCUGUAGACCCUGAAAUUAUUUCAUCUAUAAUGUAUGAAUUUUUAAAUUGUAAGUUGGAUCCAAAGUGUAUGUGGCAUUUUGCUUUUCUAGUGCCAUAAUUUCAUUCUUUAAGUUCUAUGUAGUAUCACUAUUUGAUUCUUAAAUUCUAGUAGUAUUCUAUAAUUUUUAAUACUUUUUUAUAAUUUCAUACGGAAGAUUUUUAAUCUGACAUAGGUCAUACUAUUAUAAGUCGAAAUAGGAUUCUUCUCCACACUUCAAAUAUUAUAAAACAAAAGCCCUGCAAUAAAAUUAGCAGGAUCUGUUAUGAACAGUUCUGUAUUGACUGAAAAGCAAUAUUGUCAGCUGUUUGAUUUGAAGUUGGUUUCUAAUAAUUAGAUGUAUAACAUAAGAAUACCCAUUUUUUAUAUUAACCUAUUUUUAAAUUGAAGAUUUGAAAAUAAGUAAAUAAGACUGGCAAAGGUUUAUCCCCUUGAAGUUAUUAUUUUCCUGAUACUUAUUUCAGAUACGUAGUAUAGCAUAGGAAUUUGCAGAAGCCAUUUAAGUUAUCUUUUGAGGUAAGCUCUGAUUUAGCAUUUAUUGUUCUGAUAAACAGUACAUCAUGGGAUAUAUAUAUAUACAUAUAUAUAUAAAGCAGAAUAAUGCUUGUGGUGUAGUCUUAAUAGUCUUGAAUGUUGACUGAAUGCCUAGGAAAUUGUGAGUUUGUCUUUGUUACAUUCCAGUGUUUCUGCCUCUUGGCAUGCUUAAGGCACGGCUUACUUCAUCUGCUCCUUUCCACACUAAAGUGCUGUUAGUGUCAACUUCAGAAAUAGCCGCUGCUAAGUGAUGUAGAUUUUCUACUUGAAUAUUUUUAUGUUGUAGGAACCUCAGGAGGUCAGUGUUUACUGUUUUAUAUAUGCCUUCUUUUUCCUGUUCGAGCUUCUCUCUUUGAAGGAUUCUAACAGAACAAAAGCUGCUGAUCAACCUAAGUUGGAAACAGAAAGUGUAUUUAAUAUAAUUUAAAUGCAUGUUUGGCGGUUAGUUCCAUAUUCUAGUUCAUUAGUAAGUGAACAUAGUGCCACAAAUAUUCAGUUAUUCAGGAAAGAAUUUUGCUUUCUGUAUUGUCUAAUAACUUCAUACUGUAUAAAAAAAUCACUUUUUUAUAUUUUUUGGUUGGUUAUUUCUCAAAUAAUCAACAUGUAAAUAAUCCUUAAGAGCCAGUUCUAAUGCUUUACAUUACUGCUACUUAAUUUUGUGACACAAGUUAGAUUUCAGAAUAGAUUUAAAACACUUAAGCCAUUACAUCUUAAAAACAAAAUAAGUAGCAUACGUUUUGUAAUUAACAUUAAUAAACACUGUGAUUUAUUUGUUAAGACUUUUUCAUUGAUCAGAAUUGCUUAAAUUGCAUAUAUUGUAAAAUAGGAUCAGAUGUAUAUUUUAAAAUAAUUUCAACUGACUAUUGAAAUGCUUUGUCUACUCAGUUAUAAAAUAUUCAGAUACAAGUUUUAUCUCAGGUGAAUACUCUUGUAUUCUUUUUGCUUUGGUAACAUGCUUAUAAAAAGACAUACUCACAUUUUUUUGUUUUGUAGUGUAUUUCAUGGAAAAUUUUUCAGACAGUCUAAUUUUUUUAUCCUUAUUCGCAAAUAGUAGGGUGGUAUAAAUCACUCCUGGAGAGUUCUUUGCAUGCAGGUUUGCCUUGAAAUUUUAAUUUGGGCCUCCUUUUUGUGAACUUCUGAGAUAAUAACAGAUAUUUUUGUUUGGCACUAAAUUACCCUCUGUAGUCAGGAUUCCAGAAUUAGACUAAUUAUGUCUUGAAACCACCUUUGACCUAAAUUUAACUUAAAUCCUUUGCCAUUAAAAAAAGUGGUUUUGGUUUUUGGUGUUUGUUUUAGGAUUUUGGGGUUUUUUUUUUGCUUCACAUAAUUCAUCUAUAUUCAUAUUGAAUGUAUUAAUAGAUAACGGUGCAAAAACAUUCUUCCCAAGAGAAGAGUAUAUCAUGCAUAAUUGCAAUUAAAAUAUUUCCUUUAAGUAGUAUUUUAAAAUGCACACAGCUUUGCCUUUUUUUUUUUCCAAAUAAUUCAGAGGGGAAAACACUAAUUUGCUAUUAGUACUGUUAAUGAAGUAUAGGCAUUGACUAAAACUGUGAUCUUCAGAUUAAGGAAGGACCUGUGAUAAUCUAAAUUUAAAAAAUUGAAUGCAUGGGCCAGAGAAAUAAUCCACAUAGUAAGGCAUUUCGCUUGCAUGUAGCUAUGUCAGCUGUGAUACUUGAUCGAAUACCUGGCACAUACGGUCUCGAAUUGUUGCUGGGUGUGACCCAAAAAACAAAUCAGAAACAAAAUAGGUCCAUAAAAACUGUAACAAUAAAUAUAUAUAUAAUAUAAACCAUUUAGGAUUAUAUAGUAUAACCUAACACCUCUUUAAGAUUCAGAUAUACAUAAAAAAUUUAUUUGUACACUCUCCAAAUGACUUGUGACUAAUUUUUUGAUCUUUUCCCAUUACUAUUAUAUGUAGAGAUUCUUUAUGUCUAAUUAUUAUUUGUGUUAAUUUUAAGGUACACAAUUUUAAGUUAUAACAGCCAUUGUGAUUUCUAUCCCAGAAUGUAUAUUUUUUUAAUGUAUGCAUGAUGUUGAGGAAAGUUAAAAUGCUAUUCUUUUUUUGUUUUUUUUUUCCACUUGUACAUUUUAAGACCAUACCAAAUCUAUUUGCCAAGUGUUAUUUAACUAGUUAGGAAAACAGUUCCCCUUUUAUUACAGUUGUUGAUUACCUACCAUAGAAUGCCCUCAUUCUGUGGUUUGGUAUAUAUAAUGCAGAAUUAGUUUUUGCAAAUCUAUCUUCCUAAAAACUUACUACUGCUACAAUAGGGUUUGCCUCUAAGGCAUAUAGUAGGUCCCCUCCUUAAUAACAGCCUCAGGUAGGGGUUCUGCUGCACUUUCCUGGAUUACUGCAUUAUUUUCCUCUGUCAUGUAUAACCAAACUUAAGAAUGGAUGGUUUUUAUGGUGAUAACAAUUAGACAAUACUGUAUAACUUUACGUGAUAGAUUGUGAGAAGAAAUUUUAACCGUGGUUGGUGACUUCGCUUCAUAUGAUAAAGUUUUACAUUUAAUAGACAUAUUAACAUUGGGUGCAAUAAUUUAGUUUUAGCUUUAGUUAUAUAUAAAUAACUGGAUCUUUCUGCUAACAACUUAGGUUGUAUGAGUUAUGCUUAAAAGCUUUAAACCUGGUGUUUCCUGUACCUGCCACACACUAUGUUAGAAUGUGUCCUUCAAACAUAUCCUCCUGCAACUUCUCAAACUGUACUAAAUUGAUAUUUCUUGAAGUCUAACUCUGUGCUAACAGAUCUUCAUUUUAAAUAGAAUACGGUUUUAAUUUUUGAUAAGCUGCUGAAUUUUAAAGAGAGUUUUUUGGGGCCACCAAAUAUUUUGGAUCAUGCAGAGAAUAUAUAUUGUACUGUAGUAAUUUUGUAUUUACAUUUGUAUGAUGUGACAUAAUAGAUGUGAAUGUUAAUCACUGCUUGACUAUGUUAAUAAAGUUGUUUAACUAUA